UGCCAACUUGCCAAAGACUCUGACUCGCACAAAAUUCUAAACCAAAGAAAAAGAAGAAGACCUCGACUAGCUCUGAGUUCAAUACACACACACUCACUCUCUCUCUCUCUCUCUUUUUCUCUUCCCCUCUUGAUUUGUUUCCAUCUCCCGAAUCAUUCUUUAUUGCGAUUACUUUCGAUCCCAAUAAGGUCACCCCCGUAAUCAACCCGAUACCAUAUCAUUCUUCCCGUAUUUAUAUUUCUCUCUUUGGUAUUUUUGGGAAAAGGUGAAACCAUCUCAACAUGCAAAGCUAUAAUGAGAUGGCUUCACGCAUUGAAUUCUGAAAUCCCCAUUAACGUUAUACAGCUCACCCGUUUCUCAUUUGAUUUAGGGGGAGCGUUUUCUGGGUACUGAUCAAUAGUUCAAUACCCAGAACUGUGAGUCGUGUCUGUUGUGAGACAGAACAGGGGUUGAGGAACCAUGAAGAACGAAGAACGAGCUCGGUUUCUGUUUGGGAUUUCACUAUCUGACAGACCCAAAUGGCAGCAAUUCCUGCUUUGCUCUUCUGGGUUCUUCUUUGGUUAUCUUGUUAAUGGUGUCUGUGAGGAAUAUGUGUAUAAUAGGCUACACUUCAGUUAUGGGUGGUACUUCACAUUUGUACAAGGAUUUGUGUAUCUAUUUCUGAUUUAUCUUCAAGGCUUUACCCCCAAGCAAAUGGUGAACCCAUGGAAGACUUAUGUGAAGCUAUCUGCUGUGCUUAUGGGUUCACAUGGACUUACCAAAGGCUCUUUGGCUUUUCUCAACUAUCCGGCACAGCUAAUGUUUAAAUCAACAAAGGUUCUGCCUGUGAUGGUAAUGGGAGCCUUCAUACCAGGUUUGAGACGGAAGUACCCACCUCAUGAGUAUGUAUCUGCGAUCCUUCUGGUCGUGGGUCUGAUCUUAUUUACCUUAGCCGAUGCACAAACGUCUCCCAAUUUCAGCGUGAUUGGUGUUGUGAUGAUAUCGGGUGCUCUAGUCAUGGAUUCAUUUUUGGGUAAUUUGCAAGAAGCAAUAUUUACCAUGAAUCCUGAAACCACUCAGAUGGAGAUGCUGUUUUGCUCUACAGUAGUUGGUCUACCUUUCUUGGUUCCACCUAUGAUUUUGACAGGAGAAUUAUUCAAAGCAUGGAGUUCAUGUUCUCAGCAUCCAUACGUAUAUGGUGUGUUAGUCUUUGAAGCCAUGGCCACAUUUAUAGGCCAAGUUUCUGUCCUUUCCCUCAUUCAGCUGUUCGGUGCUGCCACCACAGCCAUGAUAACAACGGCUAGAAAGGCAGUGACAUUAUUGCUAUCAUAUAUGAUAUUCACAAAGCCAUUAACUGAAGAGCAUGCAACUGGACUUCUGCUCAUAGGUAUGGGUAUCACAUUGAAGCUCUUGCCUGAGAAUAAACCAUACCAAAGGGUUUCAAACUCAUCAUCUGGCAAGCCCAACAGUUCAAAACCAGCUGAUGAAGAUGAGAGAAUCCAACUAGAGCAUCAACAUGUUGACGAAAAUGAAGAAAAGAGGCCAUUGGUCUGAUACAUAAGAAUCUGCUUCCAUUGCAAUGUGUGUUCAGUUAGUAAGAAAAUGAUACAAUUGAUUAUGCCAAAUAAUAUCACUUUUAGAGUUUUUACCUCCCUGUUAAUUACUUUACCUUUGGUCUUUCUUCAUUUAUUUUUUAUAUUUUUGUCAAGUGUUGUACCCCCACAGUUUCACACAGUUGCUGGUUUCUGUAUUUUCUUCAUUUUUUGUUGUUAUUAAUGUUUUGGAAUAUAUGUACAAGACAUUGUUGAGCUUGAGAAGUUGAGAUCAUGGUGUACAAGUAUUAGA